AUGGAUCAAGGCCUUUCAACAGGGGCCCAUCAGUCCACUGAUGGGCUUCGAGAGAGAAAUGUCACGCGUCCAGAUUCAACAACUGGUCGUGAUGCGCUAACAGCCACUGGCGAGGCAGAGGUCUGGGACAAGGGCAAGGAGAUGAAGACCUUCGGGCGCACACCCGAUGGAACCGUCUUCACUGUGCCCCAGACCCAUGAUAUGGUCUCCCAGCUCCUCUCGCCGUCCGAACCCAAAAACCUGUCUGACCUGAUAGUGCUGGCUCUCCUGGCCAUCCACGUGCUGCUUCUCUGGGCACUGCCCGCGGGUGCCAAGGUCCCGGUCUUUGCCGUCAUUUACCUCUUCUGGCGCACGGGCUACAAUGGAGGAAUUGGGUGGCUACUACACAACCAGUCUCACCACAAGACGCUGAUUCGAUUGGCGGAGAAGACCAAGAUCUUUGUCAACCCGGCCACUGGCGACAAUCCCCAUCCCAGUCUGUAUAAUCUGAUCAAGCGCGAGCUGGAGACCAAGAUCCCACACGAUUACUCGUUCGACAAGGCACCAAUUGAAUACAACACCUGGCUUAUCUUUAGGCGUCUGGUGGACUUGAUCCUGAUGUGUGACUUCACCUCCUACUGUCUCUUCGCGAUCGCCUGCGGCCACCGCCCGGUCGACGAGAGCGUGCUCAUGACCGGUUUGCGGUGGACGGCUGGCAUCGUGUUAGUGCUGUUCAAUCUCUGGGUCAAACUAGACGCCCACCGAGUAGUCAAGGACUAUGCCUGGUACUGGGGAGACUUCUUCUAUCUCAUCGACCAGGAAUUGACCUUUGAUGGCGUGUUCGAGAUGGCCCCGCACCCCAUGUACUCGGUCGGCUAUGCGGGUUACUACGGCAUCUCCCUGAUGGCCGCCAGCUAUAAGGUGCUCUUUAUCUCUAUCAUUGCCCAUGCAGCUCAAUUCGCCUUCCUCGUGCUCGUCGAGAACCCCCACAUCGACAAGACCUACAACCCGCCCCCGCCCCGCAAGCGUUCGAUGUGCGUGGAUUCCGUUGCGAACUUGGCCACCGAGCCAGACUCUCCAAAUGCGCCAACUCCGUCUGAAGACCAGCCACCCAAUGCACCCGAUUUGUACUCGGCCAAGCCGCCGCCUUCAGUUCACAACCUCCUGGGCCUGCACAACCUGGAUCUGUAUAGAACCACGGAUUCGUCGAUCAUGCUCGUCCAGAUGCUCGUAUUUGCCAUCGCAGCCUUGACACCCUCUACUCCCUGGUACCAGUUCCUCUUUGUGGUCAAUUCCGCGGUGUGGAGGGUUUGGUACUCUGUAGGCAUUGGGUACCACCUCAACAACCAGUCCAGCACCAAGUCCUGGACUAGACACUUCGUCAAGUUUGGCGAGACUCCGCAGGAGGCCUGGAGCCAGUGGAAAGGAACUUACCACCUCAGUAUGAUCAUGUGCUACGCCAGCUUCAUCGCCGCCGUGUGGAAGAUGUACACGUUCCCAGUUGACUGGGGCUAUGGCCUGGUGUUGUUCCGGCAUGUUCUGGGGGCGGGUCUGAUUAGUCUGCAGCUCUGGACGUCGGUCAGCAUCUAUGAGUCCCUUGGUGAAUUUGGCUGGUUUUACGGUGACUUUUUCUUCGAUGAAUCCCCCAAGCUAACCUACAACGGCAUCUACCGCUUCCUAAACAACCCCGAGCGUGUUCUGGGGUUGGCCGGUGUCUGGGGUGCGGUUCUUAUUACGAGUAGUGGAGCUAUCACUUUCCUGGCUCUACUGAGCCACAUCCUGAGCCUGGCUUUCAUCCAGUUUGUGGAGCGUCCGCACAUGCAAAAGCUGUAUGGCCGUAGCCUCCGACAGGAUGCGGGUCUUGUCAAGAGCCUGAAGCGAUCGCUGCCGCCGUCUCUCAAGCAAUUGCAUGGCAGUGUUGACAAGAUGUUCGAUGAGUCCUUUGAAUUCAUCGAGGACAUUCUUGACAGUGCUCGCCCGAAGCUCGCCGCCGGGGUUAACACGUUUGUCAAGGAUACCACAGCGCUCUUCCAGAAGUACCCUGCACGUAUCACUAUCUCUCGAAUUGACGCAGACCUGGCUGGGUUUGAUCUCCGGGACUAUUCUCUGUCCGUGGAGGGAAUCACCGCGCAGUCCUUCGAGGAGAGCGACCAGGGCAAAGGCCGCGAGGGCGCCAAUGCGCGCAUGCCCCUAGACCGACGAGGCGACCUCAAGAACCUGACAUUUGAAUACGGCGCACCGAUCAAGGUCAAGUGGACUGCGCCGCUCAACCACAACAAGAAAGACUGGAUCGGGCUGUAUCGCGUCACCGACAACACGUCGCGUGAGGUUACUCGUGUCUCAUCGCAGGGCCGCUGGGUCGCCACCAACGAAGGCUUAUAUGACAACCUGACUUGCGAGAAGGGCAUUGUGACCAGCGACGUCGUCAUUCCUUCGUCCGAGCGCAAGGACAAUGACAACCGCGAGUUCGCGUCGGGCGAGAUUGUCUUUGCCGGUGACAAGCUCUUUUGGACCCAAGGCGUCUUCGAGCUGCGCUACCACCACAACGGCAUGCACAAUGUCAUGGCUAUCUCGCGGCCUUUCGAGAUCCGUAUCCGUCGCUUUGACGAGGACGACACCGUUGCCGACAGCACCGGCAUUAUCCAGACCGCUGUCGAGAGUGCCCUGUUGCCCGUCGUCCGCAAUUGUUUCGACCGCGACCCGGAGAUUGCCCCAGAAACCGUCGACGAGCAAUUCGGCGGUCUGGUUGAGCGAGAUGGCAAGUUUGCCAAAAGAGUUGUCUUCGCCGUCCAUCAGAUGUUCGGCAUUGAACUGGCACCCGAGGUGGUCAAGGCGGAUGGUACCGUCUUGAAUCUCGCCUGGAGAAUAUGCAACGCCAAAAAGGUUCUUGCCCCCUAUAGUAUGUCACGCUCCAAUGGGACAACAACACCCACCGAGGGGAAGGAAUGA